AUGGCAGUUGAUACCUCAGACUCGAAGUCUGUGGACGUGGUGUCGGCGCCUGUCCGUGAAAACGUCAAGACUCCGUCGGAAGAACCUAGCGAAGACAGCGAUGACUCUGAUGGAAGGAAGCCACCGCCGCUUGCAGCAAAGUUAUGCGCUGUCGCGCUGAUAUCGUGUAUUAGCUUUGGCUCGCACUGGAGUUCUGGCGUGACGGGUGCAAUGAAAAGCACGAUGAAAAAGCAAAUGCAUAUAGACAAUGUUCAAUUUUCACUCUUGGAAGCCAGCGAGGAUUUCAUGGCAACAGUUCUGCUUUUGAUAAGUGGUGUGAUCACCGACCGUGUCGGUGGAGCUCAGAUGAUCGUUUAUGGAAAUAUCGUCUACACCAUCGGUUCCAUCCUCGUCGCCGCGGCGGCGACCGUGCGCUCUUUUGACUUUAUGAUCGGAGGUCGAAUCAUCCUCGCAUUGGGCGAUAUCGCCACACAAAUCGCCCAGUAUAAAAUGUUUUCCUCUUGGUUUCCUCCUAGCAACGGAUUUGCAUCCACUCUAGGCUUUGAGCUCGCGAUCGGCAAAAUUGGUGGCUUCAUCGGGAAGAGUACGGCCAACGUUAUAAGCAAGAAAACUGGAAACUUCGCGUGGGUCUUUUGGACUGCAGUAUUCAUGAACUUGUUCACGAAUGCCGCUAGCGCUGCAUUCUGGUUCUUCAACAUAUAUUGUAACCGCCACUACAAGGGACGGCGCGAUGAAGCCACAAAAGAACAACUGACAGAGAAAAACAAGAAGUUCGAAUUCAAGAAGAUGUUCGAGCUCCCUUGGAUGUUCUGGGCCGUCAUGGCCUUCUCUAUAUUCCAAACGAGUGCUGCGUCAGUCUUCAGCCAGAAUGCCACCGAACUGGCCGAGAAGAGAUUCAACGUCGAUUCCAUCAAGGCCGGAUGGUAUAGUUCUCUUUCACAGUAUGCAGGCUUCUUCCUUGUUCCCUGCUUGGGCGUGUUCAUUGAUGUCCUCGGCAACCGAGCAUCUGUCUUGUUUACUUGUGGUCUCGGCAUGCUGUUGAGUAUGGUUCUCAUUAAUUUUGCAACAUCACAUGCGGGAACAGGGGCUGCGUUCGGCAUCUACGGCAUUGCCGUGUCCUUCGGACCAACCUCGGUCAUCGACAGCAUUCGCACCACGCUCUGGCACCAAUCGGUCUUUGGAUCUGCGUAUGCCCUGAAGGUCACCAUGAAUAAUGCUAUGAGCAUUAUAAUUCGGAUCAUCACAGGAGCUUUGCAGGACGCAGACGACAAUUCAUACCGCCGGGUGGUUCAGGUCUACCUAGUUCUUGGUGCUGGUGCUACGGUCGUCGGCGCAGCUAUCCUGAUCGGCUCGUUUGUGACUGAUAACCUGGCGCCCCUGCAGUGGACUCGGCAUAAGCGGUUGACAUCGGGUGCGGCUGUCAUCGAGCGUAUCCGGGAGCGCAACUUGGUAACCCAGCGCGAGCGUACCCGGAAGAUCUCCAUACUUUGCUUUGGAGCUCUACUUUUGCUGACAGUUGGGUCGUGGGUGGCGUAUAUCUGGGGUGCGGUGACCGGUCAUAAUUCGUAG